AUGGCCGACAAUAAUAAGGAAAAGCUCGACGACUUGAGAGCGGUCGAGUCUCAGACUCAAGGAGAGUCGACACAAACAAAUGAGUUGAAACGAGACUUCAAACCCCAUCAGGUUUUCAUGUUCUCAAUUGCAUGUGCAAUCGGUACAGGACUGGUAAUUGGCACUGGAACCGCUCUUUCGAGAGGAGGCCCUGGCAGCCUAUUGAUUGCUUAUCUGCUGGUCGGAUGCACCGUCUUCUUUGUUAUGACAGCUUUGGGAGAAAUGGCAACCUUUCUCCCUAUGAAUAAGGGUUUCGGAGGUUAUGCUACUCGGAUGGUUGAUCCGGCUUUUGGGUUUGCUACCGGCUGGAACUACUUCUUCAAAUAUAUCAUGGCAACACCAACGAACUUGACAGCUGCCGGGCUGGUUAUUCAAUACUGGAGACCUGACUUAAACGUGGCAAUCUGGAUCACAGUCUUCGGAAUUGCCAUUGUCUUAGUUAAUGUCCUCCAUGUGAAUAGCUUUGGCGAAACCGAGUUUUGGCUCGGUUUUGCUAAGAUCCUUAUAAUGAUAACACUCAUCCUUUCGACUUUUAUUGUUGCCAUGGGGGGCGGACCGAACCACGAUCGAUCAGGAUUCAGAUACUGGAGAGACCCUGGUGCUUUUGCAGAAUACCUUCUCGAGGGACCAAAGGGAAGGUUCCUUGGCUUCUGGGCCUGCUGCUGCCAAGCUUGUUUCGGUUUCACUGGCACAGAGGUAGUAGGCAUGACAUUUGGGGAGACUCCUAACCCAAGGAAGAAUGUUCCUCGAGCAAUUAAGCAGACCUUCUGGCGGAUCGCAUGCUUUUAUAUCCUCGGUGUUUUAGUGCUCGGCAUGGCCGUUCCCUAUAAUAAUGAGCGGCUUAUUGGCGCGACGAAGCAAGCAACCAGCGGAGCUGCUUCUCCAUUUGUCGUCGCAGUCAGCUCGGCCGGAGUUGGUGUCUUUGCCGACAUCAUCAACGGAUGUUUGUUGGUGUUUACACUCAGCGCUUCAAGCUCAGAUAUUUACUGCGCUUCUCGGUCUCUUUACGGAUUAGCAAGAGAUGGCCAGGCACCACGGAUCUUUUCGAGAGCACGGGAGAAUGGUAAUCCUAUUUUUGCAGUUGCUUUUACUAGCAUGUUCAUCGGCCUUGGCUAUAUGAAUGCGAGUAAAUCCUCAUCGACCGUGUUUGGCUACCUAGUCAGCCUGGUCACUGUUUUCGCUGUCCUUAAUUGGGUGGCUAUCCUUGUUUCUCACAUUCGCUUUCGCCAAGCUCUCAAAGCUCAAGGCAUAGCGACCACUGACCUGCCCUAUGUUGGCGUAUUGCAGCCAUACGGGUCCUACUUUGCAUUAUCCAUCUCCCUCUUAGUCAUCAUGUUCAACGGCUAUGAUGCAUUCAUUCCCUAUUUUAAAGUUGAUAUUUUCAUUCUCAAGUAUCUUGGAUCGUUCAUGUUCAUGUUUAAUAUCACCUUUUGGAAAAUUACUAAGAAGACAACUUUCUGGAAUGCAGCAGAUGUGGACUUGCAUACAGGCAGGCGACAAUUUGAGGAAACGGAGACCGCUGAUGAUGCGGACUGGAACGAAGGGUUCCUGAAGAAAAUGUUGAGAACCAUCUGGAGAAAAAUCUAG